CAAUCUCCCAUUUGCUUAUUCAAAAAUUUGGUCACCGUUCUAUUAAAUAAGAAGGAGACAAAAUGUGGCAAUUUAAGGCAACACCUCUAAGUUGCAAGAUUCAAUGAGAUUUUAGCAUCAUUAAAAAAAAAAAAAAAAAAAAACACUAAAAUCUCUCUCUCUCUCUCUCUCUCUCUCUCCUCAUCAUUUGGACAUGGGAGAACCUCAAGAAGUGCAACUCAGCGUCACUGUAGCUCAGGAAGCUAAUGAAGCAAACCCUCAUGGCCACACAAAUGGUGCAAUCAAUCAGUCACGUAUUCCUCAGCCAAGAAGAAAACUUAUAAGCUGGAUUCGAAUCGGUAUCUACGCGAUCUUUCUUCUUGCUGGUCAGUCAGUAGGAAUGCUGUUGGGGAGAUUGUAUUUUGACAAAGGUGGAAAUAGCAAAUGGAUGGGGACUCUUGUUCAGCUUGUAGGCUUUCCAAUCCUGCUUCCCUACUAUUUGUUCUCACCAAAGAAGAAUAAAAAUGCUAUAACAGAAAGUAGCACUAAUAUCAUCAGUUUAAAACCACCUUCUACUUUACUCCUUGCAUCAAUUUAUACUGUUCUUGGCAUACUUAUAGCUGCAGAUUGCUAUUUGUACUCUGUUGGGCUAAUGUAUCUUCCUGUGUCUACUUACUCACUCAUAUGCGCAUCGCAAUUAGCCUUCAAUGCUUUUUUCUCCUUCUUUCUCAACUCUCAAAAGUUCACUUUUUACAUCAUAAAUUCCUUGGUGCUUCUCACCCUCUCCUCGACUCUCCUUGUGUUUCAAUCGGGGUCUGAUGACACUCACAAUAAUUCUAAAGGGAAGUAUGUGAUCGGUUUCAUUUGCACCGUUGGUGCGUCUGCAGGGUAUGGAUUGGUGCUCUCCUUGACACAAUUCUUCCUCAAUAGAGUCUUGAAAAGGGAAAGUUUUUCAGUGGUCAUGGAUAUCUUAGUGUAUCAAUCACUUGUUGCAAGCUUGGCAAUUCUUGUAGGGCUUUUCGCUAGUGGGGACUGGAAAGGUUUGGACGAGGAGAUGAACUCGUUCGAGCUUGGGAAGUUGUCCUAUGUCAUGACACUAGUAUGGACAGCCAUAAUAUGGCAGCUCUUCGGCAUUGGGGCAAUUGGGUUGAUUCUCGAGGUGUCCUCACUCUUCUCCAAUGUCAUGAGCGUUUUGGGUUUGCCUAUUGUCCCGGUUUUAGCAGUGUUCUUCUUUCACGAGAAGAUGGAUGGGAUAAAGGUUAUGGCAUUGCUCUUGGCUAUUUGGGGCUUCAUUUCAUAUAUUUAUCAGAGCUACCUUGACGAUUAUAGCUCCAAGAAAGAGAGCAGCUAAAAGGGUGAAUACAGCCCAUUAAAGUUAAAAGAGAUGGAAUUGUCCAAAAGUCCACCUAGCGGUUUCCUUUGUCGUGUGAUUAACUUACCAAAUUUAAGAAGAUCCAAUUGCCAAUCAAGUGGUCAGCUCUUAGCCUUCUCCAACCUUGCAAUCCGUGGAUUAUCAUGCCAUUUUUAGCAUCCAAAUGUGUGCAGCUCAUUGCUAAGAAUUCCAACCGUGAUUAACUUCCAAAUUUGAGCUUCAAAUGAUAUUUAAAAGUUUCCCAAAACUUGUGGAUGCUGGAGGUUGUCAAAGUUAUACCUUGAUUCCUUGCACAUAGUCAUCUUGAAGUCCAGGUUCAUGCCUUAGCCGUCUAUUACCUACCCUUUCUCCAAAUUGAUUUGUAGUUUUAUUUUCUUUCCAUU